AUCGAGUCAGUUGGCUUUUAGCUGUAGAAGAGCGUGGAAGCAUUCCCAGAACCAGAAAACGAAAACGAAACCAAAUUCGAAUCAGAAAAGAAACAACGAGAACCAGCUGCGAUCGCAUGGGGAGGGGAAUUGUAUGUGUGGAACGUGGAGGGGCAAGAACUGAAAGCUCAGCAAAGAAUCACCAAAGUGGCUAACGGCAGGGCCAAGAAAAUGUGCUCAACGCUGACUGUGGAAACUUGAUACCCGCUUAGGAUUGGGCCAAGACCACAUGCUCCUUCCACGCCAGCUGCCACGUUCAAAAUAGAAAGUUGCUGCCAAAGAUGAAAGAAACCGCCGCUAUUGCCACAGAAUGAGCGAAUCGGAACCCAAUAGCCUGGAGUUCAUUGAAGACUCCUACCUGCCAGGCAUCGAUGAUCUCACCAGCACACCUUCCUUGGAUCUGGAAACCAAUGAUGCCGUCUUGGAUUGGUAUGGUGAUGAGCAGGAGGACUCUGAAGCUGAGCUAUAUCUACGUAAUCUGACUUUGGAUCAGAUCUUCUAUGAUGUAGAUUCAGACUACACUAAUAACCUGGAAUUGCAGACAGUGGAAACAGAGUUCAUUGGCGCCAAGUUGGCUAACCAAGCACCCUCUUCCUCGAUAGCCAAACGUUUCCGCUUAAAGUUCUUUACCAAGCGAACGAUGCGCGACGUAAAGGUCACGUUCAUAGACUUCUCCAAACCGUAUCUGGCUAAAAUAUCGAACAGUGAUAAUUACAAGAGAUUUCUCAACAUUGGGAAUAGAAGUAGAGAUAAUACAGCCAACCUUUCGGAUCCAGCAUCUCCAGCAGCUUCUGUGGCAUCUGCAGAAAUUGCCGCCGAGUUUGCCGCGCUUACCGUCGAGGAGAAGGAGCAGCGUCGGGCUGAGUGGAGUCAGGAGCUAGCCCGCGUAGAGGAGGAGAUUAACACGCUGCGUACAGUUCUGGCCUCGAAGACGCGCCAUGCCUCCGAUCUCAAGCGCAAGCUGGGCAUUACCGUCUGGAAAGAGGUGACGGACGACAUGAACCAGGGCAUUAAGAACCUCAAAGAGAGCACUGUUUACCAAUCGGUGGAGCAGAGCUUGGGCACGUUUACUAAAGCCGUGCACGAAGCACCCCUAUACCAACGCACUGAGUCUGUGCUGAAGUCGACGGGUGAGAAGACCGCCUCGGUGUUUGGCAGCAUCACCAGUGGCAUUUCGUCGAAAUUUUCGCAAAUGAAAAACUCCGAGUCGAUGCGUUCUAUCGAGGCUUCGGUAGGCUCUGCCUACGAGAACGUUAAAGUAAGCUAUGAACACAACAAUUUUAUGUGCCAAUCUCAUGCGACUAAGGUGACAUCCCGUUCGGGUUCUGUAUCCAGUUUCCAAGACGCCCUGGACGAGAAUAACACAUCAUCGGGCCUGAAUUCACCUACAGACUCAACUAAAUAGAUUUCAGGGCAACUCCGAAGCUAAGCGCGUCCGAUGGAGCUACACACAAAAAACAGACCCAAACACCUACUCUAAUAACUUAUUUAACUAAUUCGAAUUGUCGUGUCUGCACACUAACAAACUGGAUCAGAAUUUAAUAACCUGCAGAUCAUAUGUUCAUGUGUGUGUAGUCGUUACGAUAUAUACGAGUAUAAUAACGCGAAUUAACUAAAAACCUGUGCGACAUAUUGGGCCAAAAGGAGCACAUAUUAUAUGCAUCUAUUUGUAUUUGCCUGUAAAACACCAUCGAGAACUGCAUGAUUAAUUUUUCUAAAACUUUAAGCCUUGAAGGAACAUAGAUCAGAGGUCUUGCUGCAUUCAUUUAUAUAAACUAUCAAUCUAAGUGUACGUUUAGAGACUCAACCAUAUUGGGUGUCCACAAGUUGUCAUUCCCAGAUGUUUUCAAUAUUUAGUAAAAACACAAAAACAAAACAUUAGUAAAUCGAGUAUUGCAGUUAAAGUAUACAUAAAUAUACAAUUGUUUUACAAUUUUAUUUCUUCUCUAGGCGGUGAGUUCCCUGGUUAGAUGGCGUUCCCGCUCCUGAUUAAAAGCAAAUUCCAAAAUUUAUUUAGAACUAUAUAAUUUGAAUUAUGAUCAGAGCUUGCGUGCAAAAUAAUUAAAAUCCAUUGGUAAUUUUAAGAGGGUAGAACCCGUACUAUACUGCUAAAGAAAGAGAUAAAAAUCGCACCCGAUUUGUUGCUAAUGCUGAUCUAAGAUUUGCUAUAUGUGUAUGAAAUCUUUGAAUAAAUGCAAAAUUUUUUUGCCCCAUAAAAAUA